UCGUUGCCUUUUCCGGUCUUCUCCCGGCAGCGGCAGUUACGUGCGUGCCAUCUUGUCCUACAGUUGCCGAAGAAGCUCAGCUAGCCAGACAGAUCUAGAAAGUAGAGUUUUGUGGGCCAUAAGCUAGCGCUAGGUUAUUGUAGAACAUAGUUUACAGCAACUAUUGACGGUUUCAAAACGCGCUUUAAUGGCGUUAUAGUCAGAAGCAUCGAUUGUGUAAGCUAGCUAGCGUUAGCAGAUAGCGGCUAAUUUCCCGCAUUUGUGGAUCGACAGCCUGGGAUCCUCGCAUUAUGGCCAACAACACUGUAGCCGGGAGUCAGCAACAAGGACAGGCUGUGAACAAGAUUGGCCCUAACCCUGGAAAACAUGGCAACAACUUGCCUCUCUGGGGCAACGAAAAGACUAUGAACUUGAACCCUAUGGUUCUCACCAACGUGCUCUCAUCUCCAUAUUUCAAGGUUCAGCUCUAUGAACUGAAAACCUACCAUGAGGUGGUGGAUGAAAUAUAUUUCAAGGUAACCAGACCGAUGCUAGCUACAGUUGGUUAGCUACCUUAGGUAACUGUUUAAAUGUAUGGGUAACUGGCCAACUUAACUCGCUAAAUUAUUCAGCGGCAGGUAGCUAGCUUUGCUUAACGCUGUUUUUCAUAACGUUAUUAAUUUGGCAGUAUAAUCAAUGGUUCCUAACGUGUUGGUUAGCUAACUGACUUCACUAGCGUGCUAGCUACCACUAACCGGACCCUAUUUUCUGUUCUGUUUACAUAUUUGAGCGGGUUGCAACGUUAGCUAGCUAUGUAACUAACUAGCAAACCUCUAUAUUUUCCUGUAUUGUAAUUAACUUGUUAAGCGGACUGCUGAUAAUUGAAAAUUGUGUUGGAAUUAAUGUUAGCCAGCUAACGUUAGCUGGCUAGUUAAUUAUAUAAUUGGCUAGCCAGUCAUGUAAACUGUCUAACUAGUGUUAUGCCACCCUAUUAAUAUACGCUAACUAACUACAUUUAGCGCCUAAUUAGUAUGAUGAAGAUAUCUUCUCUCCGGGGUAUUAUUGUAGCCCCGACGCACGCUCAGUCUGAACGUGAACACGCAUCGCUCACGGUAACGUUAUGGUUUUUGAAACAUAAAGAACGUAGCUAUUUUUCAUUUCAACCACAAAUAAUUUUUUAAAAGCAAAAGGUUAAAUUGUGCGACCACCUGUGCUAAUGAGCUAUUUAGCAUGCUCCGAACUAGCCCAAAGGCUGGCAAAUGUCGCGAUUUAAUGGCGAGAAGGCGGUAAAACAAAACGGGGUAAAUGUAUGUACUUUCUUUAUGAAACACUAUUUUCCACCACCAUGCUAGAGUGGCUAAUGCCUAGGAAUGCUAGUCCCGGAUGGUGCAUAUUGUGUUCAGCCUAUCAGGUUGCAGAAGUCUGUUGUUUACCUCUGGUUCAGGAAGUAGCAUUAGUCACUCUAGCAUGGUAGUAGGCAUCCGAACACCUGUGUAUAACACCUGUGUGUAACGGAAGAAGGCCGCCAGGCUGCAACUGUGAUAAAGCCUGUUAAAACAGUGUGCAGUAAGUAUAUAUUUAGCAUUUGUGAAAUGAUUUUGAUGUGAUAGGAAAGUAAAGGGCUUUAUGUUUCUAGAACCGUAUCGCAAUUGAUUCACAUAUAGAUGGAGUAUCUGGCUGUUUUGGCUGCCAGAGCCAGUCUACCUCUGAAAAUAAAUAUAAGGAGUAACAGUAGGCUCCUUAAGAUUACAUUAUUUGAUUUGAUAAGCUGUUUUCAAGUUAAAUUGACUGAUGAUCUGUAAUAAAUUGCACGGUCACACCAUACAAUCCAACAUCAUCAUAACAUAUUUGGCCGAAAUGGGAUUUGUAAUUUGUGGCCAAAAUUUUUGCUUUUAAGGCUGCCAACAAAUGAAGUAACCAACUCCACAAUCAAUGUGAUUCAAAUGCGUUGAUUUUAGCAUCAUUAAGGGGUCACCGCGUUAUUUUUUUCCGUAGGUGACUCAUGUUGAGCCCUGGGAGAAAGGCAGCAGGAAGACUGCAGGACAGACUGGAAUGUGCGGAGGGGUAAGUUAGAAAGUACGUGCCUUUUGCCUUCCCCUGUUUCUAUCUCCCAGGUGAUAGGGGUAACGGUCACUCUGUCAGUAGAAUCCAUCUAAGUUACAUCCUGACCAGAGAAGCUAUUCUCUGCCAAAUCAUGUUCAUAAGUGCAUCACAUACGCAAAACAAUGUCAGCAUUGUAGUAAUUUAGCAGACGCUCUUAUCCAGAGCAACUUAGUUAGGCGCACAUACACUACCGUUCAAAAGUUUGAGGUCACUUAGAAAUUACCUUGUUUUAAAAAGAAAAGCAAUUUUUUUGUUCAUUAAAAUAACAUAAAAUUGAUCAGAAAUAGUGUAGACAUUGUUAAUGUUGUAAAUAGCUAUUGUAGCCCACUCCUCUUUCUAUUCUGGUUAGAGCCAGUUUGCGCUGUUCUGUGAAGGGAGUAGUACACAGCGUUGUACGAGAUCUUCAGUUUCUUGGCAAUUUCUCGCAUGGAUUAGCCUUCAUUUCUCAGAACAAGAAUAGGCUGAUGAGUUUCAGAAGAAAGUUAUUUGUUUCUGGGCAUUUUGAGCCUGUAAUCGAACCCACAAUUGCUGAUGCUCCAGAUACUCAACUAGUCUCAAGAAGGCCAGUUUUAUUGCUUCUUUAAUCAGCACAACAGUUUUCAGCUGUGCUAACAUAAUUGCAAAAGGGUUUUCUAAUGAUCAAUUAGCCUUUUAAAAAUGAUAAACUUGGAUUAGCAAACACAACGUGCCAUUGGAACACAGGACUGAUGGUUGCUGAUAAUGGGCCUAUGUAGAUAUUCCAUAAAAAAUCUGUCGUUUCCAGCUACAAUAGCCAUUUACAACAUUAACAAUGUCUACACUGUAUUUUUGAUCAAUUUGAUGUUAUUUUAAUGGACAAAAAAUUUGCUUUUCUUUCGAAAAGAAGGACAUUUUUAUGUGACCCCAAACUUUUGAACGGUAGUGUACAUGCAUGCAUCAAAAGUCAGUAGUUGAUAGAUGACAAACGCAAGCAGCACACUUAACUUAGCUGUGGAGUAGGACCAUGUUGAAAACCGUUAAGAAUUCCCCCCAAAACUCAGAGGUCUACUUCAGAUAUAUGUUAGGAACACUGAUCCCAAAAAUCGAACCGUCUGACACAUGAACCUCUGUUGUUCUCAGGUGCGUGGAGUUGGGACUGGUGGCAUUGUGUCCACUGCCUUCUGCCUGCUGUAUAAGCUGUUUACCCUCAAGAUGACCCGCAAACAGGUGAUGGGACUGAUCACUCACAACGACUCGCCCUACAUCAGAGCACUUGGUUUCAUGUACAUAAGGUACGCACGCCUCUUUUACAUUUUGGUUAAUGUAAAAGGCAAAUGUUUGCUCGAGGGAUAGGACCUAUUGGACUUUUUUUAUUUGGCUGUAAAUGCAUUUCACUCACCCUGCCCUAAUGGGUUGCAACCUCUUUGUGAAAUGCUCAGCAGCCAUUUUGCAGCGUUUAGUUGCAGUCCUAAAUGAUACCAUUUUGUUCCGGCAUCUCUUUAUUAAUGUGCUGUUGAAUUAACUACAUGUCCUUUCCUGGAAUGGAGAGGUACAGUUGAUGUCGGAAGUUUACAUACAACUUAGCCAAAUACAUUUAAACUCAGUUUUUCACAAUUCCUGACAUUUAAUCCUAGUAAAAAUUCCCUGUCUUAGGUCAGUUAGGAUCACCACUUUAUUUUAAGAAUGUGAAAUGUCAGAAUAAUAGUAGAGAGAAUGAUUUAUUUAAGCUUUUAUUACUUUCAUCACAUUCCCAGUGGGUCAGAAGUUUACAUACACUCAAUUAGUAUUUGGUAGCAUUGCCUUUAAAUUGUUUAACUUGGGUCAAACGUUUCGGGUAGCCUUCCACAAGCUUCCCACAAUAAGUUGGGUGAUUUUUGGCCCAUUCCUCCUGACAGAGCUGGUGUAACUGAGUCAGGUUUGUAGGCCUCCUUGCUUGCACACGCUUUUUCAGUUCUGCCCACACAUUUUCUAUAGGAUUGAGGUCAGGGCUUUGUGAUGGCCAUUCCAAUACAUUGACUUUGUUGUCCUUAAGCUAUUUUGCCACAACUUUGGAAGUAUGCUUGGGGUCAUUGUCCAUUUGGAAGACCCAUUUGCGACCAAGCUUUAACUUCCUGACUGAUGUCUUGAGAUGUUGGUUCAAUACAUCCACAUAAUUUUCCUUCCUCAUGAUGCCAUCUAUUUUGUGAAGUGCACCAGUCCCUCCUACAGCAAAGCACCCCCACAGCAUGAUGCUUGCAAGCAACCCUCUUUUUCCUCCCAACAUAACAAUGGUCAUUAUGGCCAAACAGUUCUAUUUUUGUUUCAUCAGACCAGAGGACAUUUCUCCAAAAAGUACGAUAUUUGUCCCCAUGUGCAGUUGCAAAACGUAGUCUGGCUUUUUUAUGGUGGUGUUGGAGCAGUGGCUUCUUCUUUUACUGUGGAUAUAGAUACUUUUGUACCUGUUUCCUCCAGCAUCUUCACAAGGUCCUUUGCUGUUCUGGGAUUGAUUUGCAGUUUUCGUACCAAAGUACAUUCAUCUCUAGGAGACAGAACCCGUCUCCUUCCUGAGCAGUAUGACGGCUGCGUGGCCCCAUGGUGUUUAUACUUGCGUACUAUUGUUUGUACAGAUGAACGUGGUACCUUCAGGCAUUUGGAAAUUGCUCCCAAGGAUGAACCAGACUUGUGGAGGUCUACAAUUUUCUUUUGAUUUUCCCAUGAUGUCAAGCAAAGAGGCACUGAGUUUGAAGGUAGGCCUUGAAAUACAUCCACAGGUACACCUCCCAUUGACUCAAAUUAUGUCAAUUAGCCUAUCAGAAGCUUCUAUAGCCAUGACAUCAUUUUCUGGAAUUUUCCAAGCUGUUUAAAGGCACAGUCAACUUAGUGUAUGUAAACCUCUGACCCACUGGAAUUGUGAUACAGUGAAUUAUAACUGAAAUAAUCUGUCUGUAAACAAUUGUUGGAAAAAUUACUUGUGUCAUGCACAAAGUAGAUGUCCUAACCAACUUGCUAAAACUAUAGUUUGUUAACAAGAAAUUAGUGGAGUGGUUGAAAAAACAAGUUUUAAUGACUAACCCUAUGUAAACUUCCGACUUCAACUGUACUUUGUUGAGCUUUUGAUGUUAUAUAACAAGUCGCAGAGGAAAAUCUGAUUCACAUACAGCAGUCGGUAGCAUAGCGGCUAAGAGCAUUGGACCAGUAACCAAAAUAUUUCUGGUUCGAAUCCCCGAGCAGACUAGGUGAAUCAGUCGACGUGUCCUUGAGGAAGUUUGUUAACCCUGAUUGCUCCUGUAAGUCGCUCUGGAUAAGACUGUCUGCUAAAUGACUAAAAUGUCAAUGUAAAAACAGUAUCUACCUUCAGAUAGUUAACAUCGGCGUCAAGCUGCAGGCAGAAGUCAAAGACGUCUACAUGUGUUAUUCAAUGGGAUGCCCAUAGUGUAUUAUAUGUUUUUCUUCCUCUAGAUACACCCAGCCCCCUGCGGACCUGGUGGACUGGUAUGAUGGUUUCCUGGAUGAUGAGGAGGUAUGUCCACACGGGUAAUACUUUCAUGUUUCUCUACUUUUCACUAACAAGUCUGGCAUGAUCCAAACUGUUGGCUCUCAGUUCUCUCCUCGUUGUGAUGCUCAGAGCUGAUUUUUCACCUUUGCCUUCAUUUGGCUUAAUUGUCCCCAGUCCCCACCCUGCGCAAAAUUGAGUAGUUAGGUCAUUCCCUCUGCUCUGCUGCCUGUUUUUGUCAGGGUAAGUAUAUUUGACGUGGAGUUGAACCAUACAGUCAAAUUCUGUUAACUAAAGGCAUGCCCUUUGUGUUUGCCAAGAUGCAAUCAGGACUUGUUGCACAAACUCAAUUUAUAAAAUCUAAUUUGCACAAUUUGACAUUUUACACUGAAAUGUGUAACGUUGUUUCUCCCAGGCCCCACCUCCUCACAUAUCUUAAAAAAUGUAUAUAUAUUCUCAUUUUAACACAUUUUAUUUGAAAAUACAACUUUUGAACACAAACACGUACAUUUCAACACAUAAAUCCCUUUCUUCGUUUGCUUCUCUCUGACACCCGCCUACUUAAAGGGGCUACACAUAGGAUUUUCCGGGGAGUUUUAGCCAUGCAAUUUCAGAAAAUGUCCAUAAUAUAUCUGCCGCUAAUAGUGGAAAGAUAGUGUUUCACAGUAUUACUUACCUGCCAGUGUUGUGAUUGGCUGUGAUUUUCGCCUGUUGACUUUUCCCACCGGAGUGGCAUCUGUUGUCAAAAUGGGAAAGCUGUUCUGACUUUGUGGCUUUGUUAUCUAGUGGAAAGCGCUAAUUUCCUGGUUUCAAAAAUUCUACAUUCUUCUUCUUCUUAUUAUUAUUAUUAUAUUAUUACACUGUUUUCUCAGUUUCAGUUGAUGUGAGAAAACAAGCCCUGAAUAGUGUAGGGAAUCAUUGUACCAUUUAGGUCACUGUGAAAUAUUUACUUUCAGUUGGUCCACCAGCUUCAAACAGCUGUAAAAACUAUAUAUUUUUUAUAUUGAAAAUACAUUUCACAGUGAUUUAGAUGGUACAAUGAUUCCCUACACUAUUCAGGGCUUGUUUUCUCAGAUAAACUAAAAUUGAGGAAACGGUGUAGAAUUUUUGCAAACAGGAAAUGACAGCCAUUUCCACUAGAUAACACAGCCACAAAGUCAGAACAGCUUAUAUCACAGCCAGUCACAACACUGGUGGGUAAGUAAUACUGUGAAACACUAUCAUUCCACUAUUAGCGGCAGAUAUGUUAAGGACAUUUUCUGAAAUUACAAUGCAAAGAAAUCCUAUGUGUAGCACCUUUAAUACAAUUAAACAAUUUUCUGAGGAGAACCUUGUUAUAGAUGUACAGUGCAUUGGGAAAGUAUUCAGACCCCUUGACCUUUUCCACAUUUUAUUACUUUACAGCCUUAUUCUAAAAUGGAUUAAAUAGUUUUUUCCCACCUCCUCAAUCUACACACAAUACCCCAUAAUGACAAAACAAAAACAGAUUGUUUUGACAUUUUUGCUAAUUUAUAAAAAAGAAAAACUGAAAUGUCACAUUUACGUAAGUAUUCAGACCCUUUACUCAGUACUUUGUUGAAGCACAUUUGGCAGCGAUUACAGCCUCAAGUCUUCUUGGGUAUGACGCUACAAGCUUGGCACAUCUGUAUUUGGGGAGUUUCUCCCAUUCUUCUCUGCAGAUCCUCUCAAGCUCUGUCAGGUUGGAUGGGGAGCGUCGCUGCACAGCUAUUUUCAGGUCUCUCCAGAGAUGUUCGAUCGGGUUCAAGUCUGGGCUCUGGCUGGGCCUCUCAAGGACAUUCAGAGACUUGUCCCGAAGCCACUUCUGCGCUGUCUUGGCUGUGUGCUUAGGGUCGUUGUCCUGUUGGAAGGUGAACCUUUGCCCCAGUCUGAGGUCCUGAGUGCUCUGGAGCAGGUUUUCAUUAAGGAACUCAGUACUUUGCUCCGUUCGUUUUUCCCUCGAUCCUGACUAAUCUCACAGUCCCUGCCGCUGAAAAACAUCCCCACAGCAUGAUGCUGCCACCACCAUGCUUCACCGUAGGGAUGGUGCCAUGUUUCCUCCAGACGUCACGCUUGGCAUUCAGGCCAAAGAGUUCAAUCUUGGUUUCAUCAGACCAGAGAAUCUUGUUUCUCAUGGUCUGAGUCCUUUAGGUGCCUUUUGGCAAACUCCAAGCGGGCUGUCAUGUGCCUUUUACUGAGGAGUGGCUUCCGUCUGGCCACUCUACCAUAAAGGCCUGAUUGGUGGAGUGCUGCAGAGAUGGUUGUCCUUCUGGAAGGUUAUCCCACCUCCACAGAGAAACUCUGGAGCUCUGUCAGAGUGACCAUCGGGUUCUUGGUCACGUCCCUGAUCAAGGCCCUUCUCUCUUGAUUGGUCAGUUUGGCCGCGUGGCCAGCUCUAGGACGAGUCUUAGUGGUUCCAAACUUCUUCCAUUUAAGAAUGAUGGAGGCCACUGUUUUCUUGGGGACCUUCAAUGCUACAUACAUUUUUUGGUGCCCUUCCCCAGAUUUGUGCCUCAACACAAUCCUGUCUCGGAGCUCUACGGACAAUUCCUUCGACCUCAUGGCUUGGUUUUUGCUCUGACAUGCACUGUCAACUGUGGGACCUUAUAUAGACAGGUGUGUGCCUUUCCAAAUCAUGUCCAAUCAAUUGAAUUUUUCACAGGUGGACUCCAAUCAAGUUGUAGAAACAUCUCAAGGAUGAUCAAUGGAAACAGGAUGCACCUGAGCUCAAUUUCGAGUCUCAUAGCAAAUGGUCUGAAUACUUAUGUAAAAAAGGUAUUUCUGUUUUUUAUUUUUAAUAAAUGUGCAAACAUUUCUAGAAAACAGAUUUCACUUUGUCAUUAUGGGGUAUUGUGUGUAGAUUGAUGAGGGGGAAUAAAUAAUUUAAUCAAUUUUUUUCCGAAUGCGCUGUAUCCUCUCUAUGCAUUCAAACCUUUAAUUGGCUGGAUAUUGUUUGUCAGACUGUGCAACCAGGCCUACUUUCUUGUUCUGAUGCAAUAUUUUAACCUGACAUCCUCUGACAUCCUACCCAACUGGCUAAUUCCCAUGUUCUCUUCUUUAGAUGCCCCUUGCGCAGCAGGUGAAUUGGAUAAUGUAUCUCUCAGCACUGUUGGUUUGCGUGUGUGAGUGCAAAACGGCUGUUCUCUACCCAUUCAGACCUGGUCUCUAUGUAGCUGGUGUGCACCUACCUACAUGCCUCUACUCUGUACUUGCACUGUGGCACAACGUCUCCCUGGACUGUCGAGAGAGAACUAGGAAGGAGGAAGCAAAAAACGUUCCUUCAAACCCUUCUUUUUUGCCUGUCUACGGAUCCAUCUCAAUUGUUUGAAGUCGCUUACUCUCCUUGUUUCACCCCCAUCUUUACUUCCUCUUUUAAUGCUUGUGCAGAUGGAGGAAACAAGAUGAGGAGAGGACUUUAAACUAUUGAGAUGCACCCCAGGGUUUUUCCCAAUUAUUUUGAUAACAUAUAUCGUUGUGUAAGAAAGCUCACAGUGGAAGUACAGACUUUUCAGGACAGCCAGACAGAUUAGAUGAGAGAAACCAUUUUUCCAUUUCCAUACUAUUAUUUCCUAUAGUCAGCAUCAGGCACUAAGUUGAAUUAUAAAGCAAACACAUGAUAAGGAUUGAUAUGUGAGCAUAUUAAGCUAGAUGAAAACAGAGGUGAAGGUUCAGUACUUGGUCAUCACAAAUUAUAUUUGAUUUCUAAUUGAGUCAUGGAGGCAAGUGUUAAAAAAACAAGGGACUAGGAAGAUAUGCUGAAUAAAUAUGAUAAUGAAUACAAUGGCUUUUGUAGUUCUGUUUUGCGUCUGUGUGUUAAUAACAUUUUCAAUACCCCCUCCCCCUCUCUAUGUUCUCAGGAGCUGGAUGUGAAGGCCGGAGGUGGCUGCGUUAUGACCAUCGGAGAGAUGGUCCGGUCGUUCCUCACCAAGCUGGAGUGGUUCUCCACACUCUUCCCACGCAUCCCGGUGCCUGUGCAGAAGAUGAUUGACACGCAGAUGAAGGCAAGGCCCCGGAAGGUUCCCGAGAAGGUGGAGGAGACAGAAGAACCUGUGCUAGAGGAGGGACGGGCCACAGAAGGGCGUAGACGCUCCCGGUAGGAAAUGGAGAAAAGCCAUUCCGGAUAAUAUUCUAUAUUAUGUUGAUCACAUCUCUGUCAAUGAGAGAGGGUUCUUGCUGUUAAUGAGGCUGAUAUUUAGGUUUGUUUCUGUUUUUCUAUGGUCAGGAGCCCCAGGCGGACACCAAGCCCCAGGAGGUCUCCCAAACGGUCGAGGAGCAGGAGCCACCACCGCGAACGAGAGCGCCACGGCCCCAGCUUCGACCGCGAGCUGGAGAGGGAACGUGACCGCCAGAGGAAGGAGAGGGAGGGUAAGGACGGGGACAGGAGAGGAGGGGACAGAGACAGAGAGAGGGAAAGAGGAGGAGGAGGAGAGAGGGGGGAGAAAGAGAGGGAUAGGGAGAGGCGACGGUCCAGGAGCAGGGAACGCAAGGGAGAGCGGAAAGAAAGAGAGAAAGAUAGGGAGGGGGGCGGGGAGAACGACAGGAGCAGGAGGAAGGACAGGGAGCACAAAGACAGAGGGACGGAGAGGUCCAAGGACAAGCGGAGCAAGGGAGAGACUGAGGACAGGAGACACAAAGAAGACCGGGAGGAGAGGAGGGGGCACAGGGAGGAGAGGAAGGCCAAGCGCUCCAGUCGGAGCGGAAGCAGGGAAAGGAGACACAAGGAGAAGUCCAAGAAGAGAGGAGAAGUCCAAGAAGAGAGCAGGAGCAAGAGCAGGGUCGAGGAGGGGGAGAAGGAGAAGAGCAGGAAGAGCGAGCGCAGCCAGGAGAGGGGGGAGGGGGAGCAGCGCUCACACAAACGCAGCCGCAGCAAAGAGCGGAGCCACCGGCCACGAGAGCCCAGCAACGGGAAAGAACACGGGAAACACAGGGAGCGCAGGAGGAGCCAGAGCACCGAGAGGGGAGAGAGGACGGCACAGAGCACUAGGGCCGAGUCCCCUUAG